AUGACUGAAUUCACAGAAGCAAAUCGGAACUAUUUUGAUCAAAUGGCAGCUACUUACCAAAGCAAAUUUGCCGAUUCCAUGAAAAUACUCUCCAACCAGACUCUCAAGCACCGGCUUUGGCUAGGUGAUCGAUGGACCGAUACCGAAGCGGGCAGGGGCCAGGAAAUUAAGAUGCUCGAAUAUGCCUGUGGGCCUGGCGUCAUCUCAACGACGCUGGCACCAUUCCUGACGAAAGUAGUCGGGAUCGAUGUCUCCGAAAAAAUGGUGAACGAGUUCAACCGCAAUUCCAGUGCAAUCGGACUAAGCAACAAGAUGAUCGGUUACAAGGCCGAUCUACUUGCUGAACCUGCCCCAGCAGAGUUUUCUGGACCCGAGUUCACCGACUUUGAUUUGGUGGUCGUCAGCAUGGCGCUGCACCACUUUGAACACCCUGAUAUGGCGCUGCAGCGGCUAGCCACGCGGUUAAAGAAGGGUGGCGCAUUCUUGAUCAUCGACUUGGUGCCGCACUCAGGGCAUGACCAUGAAAACGAUCAUGGACACGGUCACAGCCACGGGCAUGGCAAGCCUGGCCACGAUUUCGGCGAGGCGGCCCACACUGUCAAGACGCACGGAUUCUCUCAGCAGGAUAUGGAGAAUUUGUUUCAGGAUGCGGGGCUGGAUACUCAAUUUAAAUAUGAGGUAAUUCCGGAGGAGUUGGUCUUCAAAACGGAGGAGAAGACUCACCGCAAGACGGUCUUUAUUGCGCGCGCUCAACGCACUUGA